UUUCGCUGAAUUGACAUGGAACCAUCAAAUAAUCUGUUUUUAGUGAUUUCUUGUUGAUUUAACAAAUGAACAUUAAAAACCAAUUUAUUCCUAUGCUUGACGUAAACUUUAUUAAAGAAUUGCCAGAUAAUCGAGAUAAUGAGGAAGCUACUUGUCAGUAUAAUAAUUCAGAAUCAUCUUUAAAAUUUAACAAUAUUUUUAAAAAGAAUGAUGUUUGUACAUUUGAUCCAUAUUUUUCUCUACCAUAUUUUUCAUCACCACAAUAUCCAAUUUUUCCUAUGUUAUAUCCAACUAAGCAUCUUUUAAUUUCACAUCCAUCUCCAUUAAUGAUACCAUCAUUUGACCCAUCACCUGUUCAUUAUAUAGAUACAAGAAAUGUUAUUAAAUCUGGUUAUAUUAAUGACUCAAAUAAAAUAAAUAUUGAAGAUAAUAAAAAUUAUGCCUUUAUUGAUAAAAAUGACUAUUAUCUAAUAAAGAUGGAACAAGAUUUGCAGAAAAGUAUGAAUUCUGAAUAUUUAAAAAAUGUCACAUCAGGUGCAUCAGAAUGCUCUUAUAUUGAAGAAAAAAAUUAUAAACCAAAAGAUGAACACACCAAUAUAUAUCAAGCAUUAGGACUAUUUAUACCCCAAUUGACAUUAAAUUUACAACCUCAUUUACCAUUAAGUCCCUUUUUGACAUAUACACCUUUAAUAUCUAAUCCAUUGUUACCUUUGCUUUCACCUUAUAUGCCAGCCCCAUUUUUAAAAAAUUCCUAUUCACUUACUCACAAUUAUUAUGAUAACAUGAAUAAUAUUGAUGAAAUUAAAUGUAGACAGGAAUUAGCAACUAUUCUUAAUAAUGAUCAUAGAGAAAAAUUAAAUGAAAAUGAUAUUUUAGAAAAAGAUGAUGUAAAUGAAAAUAUUAUUGAAAAUGACAUUAAAAAUAAUAAUAUUUAUGUAAAACCAAAAAUUGAAAGUGCAUUAUAUGAUGAACCAUUACAUAAAAGGAUGCGAGUAAUAUCAAUAAGUAAAGAUGAGGACUAUGAUAUUCAGUCGGAUACAGCAAAAAUUGAAAUAGAAAUAGAAAAUACAAAUAAAAACAAUGUUAAUCAUUUUUCAAUAGAUAAAAUUAUCAAAAAGAAUGUGCUAGGAAAUGUUGACUUAAGUAAUAUGAACAGUAUUUGCCCUUCAGAUUCUUCGAUUUUUAAAAAAGGAAGUUUUAUCCAACUUCAAAAUGGUGAGACAAAGUUGGUUGAAAAUUUGAAAACUCAAGAUUUCUUAAAAAGUUCAGGUUCUAGUCCUGAUUUUGAUAUUGCAAUAGGUCGUGUUAUAACAAUAAAAACAAUUGAUUUGAAAAUGACUAAAAUUUUAUUUGCCAUCAAUGGAAUUGCUAAUAAUCAAGAUACUGAUUUAAAUAAUAUGGAAAAAUUCUCUAAUUUCUCAAAUGGUUCUGAUCACAAAAAAUUGCCUUCCAGGAUUUAAUUUUAAAACUCCUCCCAAAACAACUGGAGACUUUCCCCUCCAGCAGACCCCCAAGUCGUUGACACCAAAAAAAAUUAGAGUGCAUCUUCAAUCACACUACACGCGGCGCCUGUAUCAAACUCCAUAGCUAGCUGCAACCCAUUUAUCUUCGCAUCGAUGGUUGCUUUAUUUGAAAAUGACAGGCGAGGUGGGCAGAAUCAUUUGUAUGGCAUGGGUUCUACAAUCUUUCGCUAUGUGGUUUGCCUUAUCGCAACGAAAGCAUAUCACUUUCUUUUGAAUAGAGUUAGGUUUGAUACUAGGUCUAUAAUUAUUAUUAGGAAUAUAAUUGUUACUAAAGUGUUUAUUAUUAUUGAAUCUAUUGAAGUUUGUAUAAUUAUUAUUUCUAAAAUAAUUAUUUUUCGAACCCUGUGUUGGCUUAUUUUUAAUUAUUUUAUUUCUUCAGUCUGGGUUUCAUUUUCCAACGAAGACAGCGCGAUCGCUAAACGCACGGUCUCUUCAAAAGUAAUAUUGCCUUCGAUUGACCGAAGUUCUUUGUCCAACUCAGGUAAGCCUACUCCUAGGAUAAAUAUAUCUCUUAAAAGUUCAUCAAAAGGCGGUUUAAAAUUACAAAGAGAACAGACAGUUUUAACCCUAAUUGAAAAGUCAAUAAUGUGAUCUUUUUAACGUAAAAAAUUUUUUCCUAUUUACGAAAAUGCUCGAACUAUCCUUGAACACCAAAUUUAAGCUUUUUAUUAAAGUAUCAUAAUUUAUCAUCUCUAAAUUUAUUGGAAAGUGAAAGUUCUUAAUUUUGAUAAGAUUGUCUGUUCCGAUAUAGGCUAAAAGCAGGUCUUUUUUUGUAUUUAAAUCUAUAAUAUUUCUUACUUUAUAAAUUAACUCCAAGUUAAAUAAGUAGUCCUGAAUAUUUACUUUUUCUUUGACGAAUUCUGGAAUAUGGAAUUUAAUAGGAACUACUUCCAUUGAGU